AAGCGUUAUAUUUGGAGAAAGGAAAACACUGCUUUCCAGCAUAAGAACCUUAUCCCAUCUGUGAAACAUGGUGGUGGUAGUAUCAUGAUUUAGGCCUGUUUUACUGCAUCUGGGCCAGGACAGCUUGCCUUCAUUGAUGGAACAAUGAAUUCUGAACUAUAUCAGAGAAUUCUAAAGGAAAAUGUCAGGACAUCUGAUGGUGACAUUAUUAUUGGAGGCAUUUUUACAUUUCAUGAUAGCCCAGCAGAUCCAAAUCUGACAUAUACAACCAUGCCCGAAGUAUCAAAAUGUAAAGGGCUCAAUUUCAGAGGACUUCAAUUUGCUCAAACCAUGAUUUUUGCAAUUGAUGAAAUAAACAAGAAUACAGACAUAUUGCCAGGUGUUAUCUUGGGUUAUAAAAUCUACGACGCAUGCAGAGAUGUCCAUUUGACACUGAGAUCAGCGAUGGCAUUAUUAAGUGGGGAGGACAAAGCCUCAUUCCAGGAUGGUUUGUGUGCCAAGACAUCUAUAGUGCCUGCUAUUAUAGGUCCUUCUACUUCAUCACCUGCAAUAGCAAUUUCUACCACUCUGGGGCCUUUCAGUAUACCAGUGGUCAGUUAUUCUGCCAGCUGCUCAUGUCUCAGUGACAAAAAGCUCUUUCCUUAUUUCUUCAGAACGGCCCCAAGUGAUUAUUAUCAAAGUGUUGCCAUGGCACAGCUUGCAAAGCAUUUUGGAUGGACAUGGGUAGGGGCAAUAAGAAAUGAUGAUGACUAUGGAAAUUAUGGCAUGGCCACAUUUGUGGAAGUUGCAGAGAAAGAGGGUAUUUGUGUUGAAUAUUCUGAGGCGAUCCACAGAACAUACCCAAGAGAAAGAAUUCUCAGAGUUGUUGACAUUAUCAAGCUCUCCUCAUCAAAAGUCAUCAUAGCAUUUUUGACAGUUAAUGUAUUUGAAAUACUGCUCAAGGAGAUAUUCUUACAAAAUGUCACAGGCUUUCAGUGGAUUGGCACAGAGUCUUGGAUUUCUACUAAAAAUUCUGCCAUGCUUCAAUAUUACAAAAUAAUGAAUGGAGCAAUUGGAUUGUCAGUCAGCACUGCAGUCAUACCAGGCUUGAAGGAGUUCUUGCUCAGCGUCCAUCCUUCUCCGCUUCCUGGAAACUCUGGCCUGAAUGAGUAUUGGGAAUAUCUGUUUAACUGUACUCUUAACUUAAAAAAUGCUGAAACAGGCAAUUCCUUUUGCACUGGACAGGAGUCUUUUGGUGAAAUAAACAAUCAGUACACGGAUAUGUCAAACCUUGGUUACACCAAUGAUGUCUAUAAAGCUAUGUACGCUGUGGCUUAUUCACUACACAACCUGCUAGGAUGUAGCCAUACUGAAAGCAGAUCAGCAUGCUCUAACAAAUCAACUAACAUUCAGUUGCAGUUAGCCCAUUACCUGAAAACCAUAAACUUUACAACAAAAAGUGGAGAAAACGUUUAUUUUGAUAAAAAUGGAGAUCCUGCAGCAAAAGGCAAGAUAUAUGACAUUGUAAACUGGCAACUAAAUAAAGAGGGUGAUGUUGAUUUUGUGACAGUUGGUGCAUACUAUGCUUUUUCGUCAGAAGGAUAUGAAUUUCAAAUUAAUUAUGAAAGUAUUAACUUUGCUGGCACAAAAUAUAAGGUGCCCAGGUCAGUGUGCAGUGAGUCCUGUCUGCCUGGAACUCGGAAAGCUGUGAAGAAAGGACGACCAAUCUGCUGCUAUGACUGCAUACCAUGUGCUGAAGAUCAAAUUAGCAAUACAACAGAUUCUUCAGAUUGCCUAAAGUGUCCAGCAGAUUACAAGCCAAACAGACAAAAGGAUGAAUGUGUCUUGAAAGAAAUUGAAUAUUUAUCAUUUCAAGAAAUUAUGGGAAUCCUGCUGGUCACUCUAUCAGUACUGGGAGCAUUGCUAACACUUUUAGUAGGUUUAGUUUUUUAUCGACACAGGGAGACGCCUAUUGUUCGAGCAAAUAAUUCUGAACUGAGUUUUCUUCUUCUCUUUUCAUUAACUCUUUGUUUUCUUUGUUCCCUCACAUUCAUUGGUCAGCCCUCUGACUGGUCAUGUAUGUUACGCCACACUGCUUUUGGUAUUGCUUUUGUCAUGUGCAUCUCCUGUGUGCUCGGGAAGACUAUUGUAGUGCUCAUGGCCUUUAGGUCUACACUACCUGGUAGUAAUGUCAUGAAAUGGUUUGGAGUCACUCAGCAGAGACUAAGUGUUUGUAGCUUUACAUUUAUACAGGUGAUUAUUUGCCUUCUUUGGUUACUUAGUUCACCUCCCUUCCCCAAUAAAAAUAUGAAACAUUAUACAGAAAUAAUAAUACUAGAAUGUGAUCUUGGAUCUACAACUGCUUUUUAUGCCGUCUUGGGCUACAUAGGAUUUCUUGCUUUAUUUUGCUUUGUUUUGGCAUUUCUGGCUCGUAAACUGCCAGACAACUUUAAUGAAGCAAAAUUCAUUACAUUCAGCAUCCUGAUAUUUUGUGCUGUCUGGAUCACUUUUAUUCCAGCCUACAUCAGCUCACCAGGAAAGUACACCGUAGCUGUCGAAAUAUUUGCUAUUUUAUCUUCAAGUUUUGGUUUGCUUUUCUGUAUCUUUUUCCCCAAGUGCUAUAUUAUUUUACUAAAACCAGAAAAAAAUACAAAAAAACAGAUUAUGGCAAAGUGA